CCACGCCUGCUUCGUAUGGGGAUCUGCCGUGGAUCGGUCGUGCACUCUUUAAUAUUGCUGCGGAUAGGACAUAAAGUGCUGACAAUCUUGCCCACAGCAUCCACUCAUUGACAUUUUUUGUCAAGUACACUCGUUCCAAAUUAUCCUGACAUAUUACGAUUUUGCAUAGCCGUCAAUUCUCGAAUUAUACCCGCUGUAGCUAGCUGUCAGCUUAACGGUCGAUCUGCCUGUCAAGAAGUUAAACCUUAAUCUUAAGUCACCAUGCAUAAGGGGUCGUUAGUCGUAGCUGCUUUAGUGGCCGCUGCGUCGCUAGCAAGCGCCGAGCCGGAAAAUAGACCAAAGAUCUACUUUCCUAGGCACGUCAAGAGGCAGUAUACUAAUCACACCAUUACGAGUUCGGCGUCGCAGAGUACCCAGAGCGAGUCGUCAUCAUCGUCGUCGGAUUUGAUAACUCAUUCCUCCACGAAGAAGGACACGAUUUCCGACUUGUUGUCGAGUCUUCUUGGUGGAUCUUCGGAUUCGAGCGAUUCUUCGACAUUAACGAGCUCAUCGUCUACGUCCUCUACCUCGUCCGCCUUAUCUUCAUCCACAUCGUCUCCCACUCGGAUUCCCUCCGUGACGGGUACAUCUCCUACGAGCGAAUCCGGAUCUCAGUCUCAGUCCCAGACUCAGUCCCAGUCGUCCAAGUCUCAGUCCGAAUCUCAGACCCAAACCAAGGGUUCGUCUACUAAGACGGGCAGCAGCAGCAGCAGCGGCACCAGCGCCGGCACCAGCACCAGCACCAGCAGUGGCAGUAGUAGCAUUGUGGGCUCUACUGGAGGGGUUCCCCCGCUAAUUGUGUUACCAACACUUAGCUUAGAUCUCCCGACGCUAUUGCCGCCAGAGACCACAUCUUCAUCCGCUAAUAAGACAGCGAUCGCGUCAUCGACAGGAACAUCGACAGGAACAUCGACAGGAACAUUGACAGGAACAUUGACAGGAACAUUGACGGGGUCGACUACUGCCGCUCCGACUACGACUGCCGAGUCGAAUAAUGGGACUUCUACUAUUGAUACGACUGCUCUACCAGUAACCGAAUCUACGAUCGAAGCCAACACAACAACGGUGCCGUCGUCUUCUUCGGGCAUUCUUAUAGCUCCCACAGGCGUUGUGACCCAAUCUUCUAGUAUUCCGGCUUCUACGAGCUCAGAUGGUGGACUUAUUGGUGGCCUAACCAGCAUUGUUGGUGGAGUUACAAGUGCUGUAGGUGAUGUUACGAGUGCCGUUCUCCCGGCGCCGACUGCGAACGCUACGGAAUCCGGCACAGGAGUGAGCACGAGCACGGGUACAGGCGCUUCUACCGGAACUAGCGCGAGCAGCACGGACAGCGGGUUGCUACCGACCCUUCUGCCUACAUCUCUCUCUCUUUUCCCGACGACAUCAUUCCCUGGCACUGCUCCUACGGCCUCUACCGUAUCUACCGGCUCUACCGCCCCUACUGCUUCUGCAUCAAGCUCGGAAACUCCCCUCAUAUCGCUACCACCGAUCUUAGGUACGGGUUCGUCAACUGUUUCAGUCCCUACGUCGAUUAUUGGAAACACUACGGAGUCAACAACUGCUUCGUCAACUGGAUCCGGCAGUGUUAGCGUGCCAACCACAAUUGCUACUCCGGUUCCCAGUAACAGCACAACGGCAACUGACUCUAGUAGCCUACCGACUAUUACCUCUCCUACUGUGUCACUUAACUCUACGGUCUCGUCAACGGAUUCUCUCACCUCUGUGCCUACCUCUGUGCCUACCUCUGCACCCAGUUCUGUGCCUACUACUGUGUCCACUAGUGCCUUCUCGAUUCCUCUCAAUACGACUGCUCCUCCGAUUACCAGUUCUCAGCCGACAACAACUAUCGAAACUUCCACAAGUUCAAGCGUUGAGUCUUCUCCCAUUGCCAUUUCGACUAGCUCGUCUGCUACACCUACGCCUACGCCUACGCCUACAACUACACCCACGCCUAGGCCGUUUACUAGUGCUACUGUGAUAGCGACAAUUACGGAUUCCGAGUCUUGGCUCCCAACUACGAUCAUUGUCCAGCCAUCUACUAGCACUCCCAGCACUGGCGUGACCCAUACUGCUACAGGAAUUCCAACUUCCUUACCAAAGGCCAUUACUCCUUCGACGAAGCCACCGGAGCAGCCCGAUGGCACAACGCUCAUCCAAAUCUCAUUCCUGUUCGGUGAGAAUUACCAGCACCUUGUGGAAGAGCCUCUGGCUGCUUCCCAGAUGUUCGAAUUCCUUCCCCAAGGUCUUGCGUUUGGUGGUGGCUAUGACGUCAAUAGGGUCAAGAUGUACAGCAUUAGGCCUUAUGACACUACUGCUCGCCUGGGCUACAUUACCUCGCAAGCCAUGGUCUACUAUCCUACUGAGGGCAUUGCCCAGCUUAGCAACGACAUUGGAUACCCUACAACUCCUUUGUACAAUCACCAUAAUCCCCUAGUCAAGAACUUGACGAGUGAGAUUAAUCCGGCCAUUGGUAUCAUGCCAGGUGAUUUACUUGAUGGUAUUCCCGAUUCCAGCGGAAGCAGUGGAGAUGGUUCAACCGACGCUGGUACUCCUAACAACAAUGACCCAUUUGAUACGCAGGGUCCCAAUGAGAAGACGACAAGCGCGCAACAAGGAAUGACUGCCGGUAUUGCUGUUGGUGCCGCCGGUGUUGCGGGUGCGUAUGGUGCUGCUAUGUUCAUCAUUGCCCGCCGUUACAAGCGAAAGAAGCAGAGGCACCAGCGAAGCAGCUCCGUAACCUUGCCUUCCGAGAUGCGACAGAGCGGAAGUCCAGCUUUGAUGGGUGGUGCGCUGCUGAGUCGGGACUUUACAAGCAAUCCGGGAUACGGUGGUGCUGGAGGAAAUACACGUGACAGCCAGGGCAGUGGGAGGAGCGGAAUGAACAGCUCGGCACGCACUGCGAACAUCUCGGCGCCUGUCGCAGCUGAGAACUCUCUUGGCUGGAACUGAGCGAUCGUCCAUGACCUGCACGUCACAUCCGUUUUAUUUUUAUAGUUCGAUACCCAUCCAGGAGGCGUUGCCAAGCCACUGUGGGCGGCCUGCCUAAGGAAUUGCGACCCUUGUGAGCAUUCACUUAGGUUUUCUUGUGAUUUACAUUCUGAGAUGGUUGGCUUUGUCAAAGAUAUUUGGAUAUGCCACCGAAAAAAUUAGCUACAAAUCCUUGGCAUCUAUGGAGAUCUCGGCCCAUCUUUUGCUGGCGGGGGUCUGGUGACCAAGGUACUUUAAUCUAAUGCGUUUGUUUGCAGUUGCGGGAGUCGGAAGGGAGGCAAGAUGCUUCGUGCCGGUUUGGAGUAG